ACAUACAAAUUAUACAUACAAAGACAGCUGCUGUAUUAGAGUGCAGGCACUAGGCGCUCAAUGCAUAAUGAACUGACUUUUCUUUCAACCGGAUGUUCUUAAAGAUAUUUUACUUUGAAACCGACGACCGGAAGUACCCGUCAUUAUUGCGUCCAAUUUGACUCGGGACCCCCAGUCUGGUUUUCCAUCCAGCGCCGCUUUGGCGACAGACACGAGCGGCAUCUGCGCGUCCUUGUCACUGCGCCUGUCACAUGGCUAGAAGUCCGUCAGCUUACCGGUAAAAUUCGUGACUCCGAGACACAAAUUUCAGGUUGAAAGUUGGCUCACUAAUUACAGAAAAAGAGGAACACAAAUCCCGGGACAAAGGUUAGCUAAUCGUGUGACUCCUGCCCGCAGGGAAGUUUCGCUUCUCCGUUAAGUUCCUGUUAACGCCGCUUGUUUACGUGACUGUUGUUUGUUGAAAGCAAGCGGACAAGACGCUCCGUUAAGUUUUAAUUUGGUGCAGCUUCGUUAUCUGUCGCUUAAUGACCGCGCACGACUGCGUAACAAGUUUUCUACUACUCCGCUUGUUGUAGCGUCCGUCUAAACAGCUGACUCACCGCCCGAAGGCCGGCGGCCGGGCGGCACCGCGAUGCGCGAUCAGUCCGUGUCGCUGUGUCAGAAACACUGAUGGACCUCUAUGGGCUGAACCUUCACUGAAGAUGAUCGGGUCACCGGACCUGCUGGCCUUCACCGGCACAGGAGGGUUUGGGGAAGCAGAGGAGUACAGUGAGGCUCAGGAUCUACCUGAGGACCUAUCCGUCCCGCUUUUAUCUCCAUCCAACCCCUGGACCUCCUCCGCCCAGUUCCACAGAGACUUCAUACUGGUGGCCGAGUUCUCUGAACAGGUGGGACCCAAGCCUGUGCUGACGAUACCGGACGACCCCAGAGUCAUCGGGUCGUUUGACCUCAACCACUUCUCUCUUCGCCUCAUGUCUGUGGACUACCAGGCGUCGGGCCCAAGCCAGGCCCCUCCUGCAUCUCCCGGCCCCCGCCUCAACUUCAGCGAGGACUCCAAAGUGAUUCUGGGAGACUCGGCCAAGGACGCGUUUGCUUACGUUCACCACAUGACCCUGUACGACCUGGAGGCUCGGGGCAUGGUGCGUCCUUUCUGCAUGGCGUACGUUUGCUCGGACCAGGCGAAGCUGAUGGAGAACUUCUCCGAGCUGUCGACGCGCUUCUCCCAGGCCUCCGACAGCCUCAAGACGGGAAACAGACAAGCGUUUUCUAUGGAGCUGCAGAGGAAAUUACAAGAGCUCGAGUACACACGGUUGACUCUGCUACAGGCGACAGAACGUCCAACAACGGCAAACGGGUCCACGAAGGUCAGAGAGAAAGCAGACGAGCUUGAAGCUGUGGAGCUUUCAAUCUUAAAUCACAGAGACCUUCUCCGCCAGGUCACUUCCUACCCAAACAGGAAGCUGAAACAGCCUGACUUCCUGCCCUACGACCCGGCUGACUCCCUCACUGAUCCAAUUGGGUUCCUGCCUUCUGAGUCCUUUCCCCUCCUCUCCAGCUCCAGCUCCACCCCCACCUCUGAGCGCCAUCUGAAGCCUCUGCAGGAGCUUUGCAACAGCUACUUCCUGUCACUGGUGAAGGAGCAGCUUGCUGAUACAGAGCGCCGCCUACGCGGCGACAGGAGUGUACUGCAAACUGCUCGCGUCACGCGUUCGCUCUCCAAGAGACUCAACCUCACCAACUUCCUGUUUGAGCUUUGGAGCCCAGAGGACGGCGAUGAGGAGGAGAGAGAGAGCGCUGAGGCUGAGCUACGGGGGCCGACAGGGACGAAGAGCGGCGUCGAGGCCUUUCAGUCAGAGCCGAUGAGCCUGGAGUCGUUUUGCUCCUGUGUGGAGGAGAUCCCGAUCAAACUGGAGGCAGGACAGGCCAGGACAGCGACCCCUGACCCCAACGUUUCCAUGGAGAUGACAGAAAGCGUGAGCAGCGGCGACAGCAUCGAAGUGCUCGGGACUGAGAAGUCUUAUCGGACGCAGCAUGUUGUCGCUGGAUCCGACAGCAGAGAAACACCAGCUGGGAUGACGGACGCCUCGAGCAGGCGACAGGCGGCAGCAGACGCCGGAGUCAGACGCGUGCGAGCGUACGCCAGACGAGCCAACAGCGAGGACAGCAUCGAGGUGCUGACCACUGAGUCCAUCCAUCCUGACGACCUCACUGCCAUCACAGAGGAAGAAGCGGAGCACCAACCUCUGAGUAACGGCUUUGAGAAUGAGGAAGAGAUACCACCGACACAGUGUUGCCCCCAAAGUGCCCUCAAAGAGGAGACGACGUCGAAUGCAACAACUUUAGCGAGUGGAAAUGAACAUGAAGGUGAUGGUCAAGUCAACAGGGAUGAGUCCUCAAAGCAAACGGCUGCUUGUGAAGAGGUUCUAACCAAAGAGGAGGAGGCCAGUGGGUGUUUAAAGAGCGAGAGAGUCUGUGAAGACAAGCCAGAGGAGACGUCCACACUGCUGCAAGCUGAAGAGGAGGUGGAGUCCGAAGUCCAUCAGACGGUACCGUCAGUGCCCAAUCUCCGUGUGAACUUCGCCCCUCCUGUUACGCUGGCUGAGGUCAACCAGUGGUCUCCGCCUUCCGUUCUUCUCAGGCUGAUGAGCGUCGACGAGUCGUCUGACUGCACCAGCUUCACCGGCUCCUCAGAACCGCCCUCUCCCACCCAAAACAUCCCCUGCAACGUCCGCUCAGACAGGAAGAGGAGAAGGAGGGCUGGACUCAGAGCCCUCAGGUUCCUCAAACAGAACUCGUUCUCCCAGCAUGCCGUGUUCUGUCUGCUGAGCGGUCGGCCGCUGGUCGUCAUCGGAGGAGACGAGAGCUUGGUCAGAAAGCUGGUGGAUGCUCUGAGCCUCUUCCUGCCUGCUCCUGGUCCUGAUGGAAACGCUGUGAUGCUGUGUUUGACCACACCGCUUCAGCUGACCGACCUGCUCGCCUGGAGACUGAUAGGAAUACACAGAUCACCUUUGAGCUCUUCUUCAGCCAGCGUUCUUCACUCUCUGACUCGCUACCGUCGUUACUUGGCCCUGCUGGACCUGGACCAGAGGACGCUGCACUGUCCGUCAUACUCCGGCUCCCUCAUCAACAGACUGGCCGACCCUCAAACUGGCAUCAGCCGAGGCAUGACCUACAUGCUGCACGUGGAGAGCUGCCUGACCGCGCUGGCCAACCAGGCUCUGCUGUACACCUUUAGCCCCGCUUUACACCACCCGAAGGCUGCUGGAGGGAAGGAUGGCACCGAAGACAAGGACCUCCUGUUCACGCGAGGAAUCUGCAGCAGCGAGGAUGAUUUGAGAGUGAUGCACUUCCUGUCUGAGCUCAUCAAACAGCGCCACGCGAGACGUGGGCCACCGGUUUUAAGGAUCUCUUACAGCUCAUUGCACCUGCACAAAAAUACAUAUACAGCAUAAACACUGGAUGGACAAACGCAGAGUUUCAUCACCUACUACUGUGAACGUGAUAAAACACAAGAAUUGAGAUUUUAUGUUUAUCUGCAGUGUUGCAACUCGGUGCGUUUGCAUGAUUUUUACUCCACUGAUGCUGUGGGGGACACAAGUGCACUUUUACGACGUGUAGUGUUUUUAAAAUGAACCACGUGAACAUGUUUGAGCCACAUAUCAGCACUGUAUAAUUUUAUAAGGCAAGGAAAGAAAAAAACAACCACCACCACCUCAGAACAACAGAUGUGAGAUUACUGUUAAGCCGACGUUGUAUUGUUUGCCGCCUGUAGUUAGUGGAUCUCGGUGAUCCAGAACUACAUGGACGGUAACUCGUCUAUCAGGUGUGUCGCUCUCUCGGCUUAGCUGCAGUUUAAAAUCAUUUCAGACGGGAUCUGACAGGGUUUCUCCCAGCUGUAAGCCCAGUUUAAUGUGACUGCUCCUUAAAAUCAAACGUCGAGUUCGUUGAUGAGAAAACUGUUUAUUUUUUUUAAUAGAUUUUUAAAAAAUUUUAAUGCCAAAAGCUAAUAUAUUUAUGAGCGUAGAUUUAAAAAUCGUGUGUCCCCUCAGUCUACUUCCAGUAUCUACUAUUCAAUAUCAUAUUCUAAUAUAAAUAUCAAUUAAGCUACUUAUUACGGUGAUCAUUUCAGACCAGUGAUUUAUUUCACGAGCAGCUGUCUGGUUGUUUUACACUGCACUUUUACGUUUAUUACUUUUGUGAUGCAAAUAUGACGAUUUUAGUUUGUGUAUAUUUACUCUGAAAAUAAAAGUCAUAUAUUUUA